AAACGUUUUAAGUAAAUGGCGUGUUGGCCGCUUAUUAAGUAUUUCAGCUAUUUGUAUUUCAAUUCAAUUUCAGACAUUGCCUUGUUUUCCUAUUUGUUUUAAUAACCGAACUACAUUGAUUGCAAAAAUCCCCUAAGUUUCAUUUAAAAAAAAAAAAAAAAAAAAAAUGCCCGGAAUAUUCACAACAAUGGGAGGAUUCGAUUGCGGGAAGGAGAGCGCUUUAUACGGAGAAACCGAAGUGUUGAUGGCCUCGUCGUCAGUCCCUGCUGGCACGACGAAUCAAGGAGGCAUACUUCCCACUAUGCACACUAAAAUCGGCGAUUCGACUCUCCAGCUGUCGUUGUCUUUCAACGACAAGAAAAAUGGGGAGACUUCGUUCCAGAUGAACCCGAGUCCCACCAGUUCCACGCCGUCCGAGAUGAGUGUGUCCUGGUCGGAGGGCGGUGGAUCGGCCGAAGACCAGACGGACAAGGACAGUUCCAUGCCUAGGAAGAUGGUGGCUAGCGCCAAGAGGCGCAUCCGAAAAACAUGCACCACCAAACUGCUCAAGCGUCGUCUACCCAUGAUCGAGUGGUUACCCAAAUACACGCUGCAAUCACUCUUUCACGAUUGCAUGGCCGGCUUCACUGUGGCCCUUACAGCUAUUCCGCAAGGGAUCGCCUACGGAGCUGUCGCUGGAGUUCCUGUUGAGUAUGGAUUAUACACAGCAUUUGCAGGGCCGUUUAUCUACGCUUUGCUAGGCUCCGUGAGUCAAAUUACUAUGGGUGCCACGGCUGUUAUGGCUCUCAUGACGCACCAAUACGUUCAGCUCGGUGGCGCAGAGUACGCUGUCAUUCUUUCUUUCGUCUCCGGAUGCAUAGAAUUGUUGGCCGGACUUCUUAAUUUAGGAUUUAUCAUGGAUUUUAUAUCCGCGCCAGUCAUAUCUGGAUUUUGCACAGCUGCCGCUGUCACCGUUAUACUUUCUCAAUUUAAGACCAUUCUUGGUUUAACAUUCCGGGGUUCAACUUUCACCAAAGUCCUCCCUGGAAUAUUCCAGCACUGGAGAGCUAUUCGUGUGUGGGACGCUGCCUUAGGAUUUGCGUUUAUUGCUUUUCUACUUUUGCUCAAGAACCUGCCGCUCUUCAAGAAACGGUUCAACAGUAGCUGCUGUCUUCAUCAUCCUUGCGUAAAAAAAGCCCUCUGGUUUAUUUCGACAUGUCGCAACGCUUUGGCGGUCAUUCUAGGCUGCCUCAUCGCAUAUAUUUUAGAGAUCUAUGAGCAACGCCCUUUCCAGUUGCUAGGCGAAAUCAAGUGCGGCAUUCCAAAUUUCCAAAUUCCGCCGUUCACUAUACAGCGACCCAAAGAAGAAUUCACGCCAUCCAACUGGACCGACAGCGAUUCCUACAAUCAAACCUCCUACGAUGUCAUUACAUUUCCUGAAAUCUUAAAAGACAUGGGACCUGGGAUGAUUUUGGUUCCCGUCAUUGCCAUUCUAGAACAAGUUGCCGUCGCCAAAGCAUUCAGCAACGGGAAAAAAACUGAUUCUACCCAGGAAAUGAUUGCAGUCGGCGCAGGGUCGAUUUUUUGUUCUUUCUUUGGUUGCAUACCGCUCACAGCCUCCUUCUCCCGCAGCUCCGUCUUGUCUGCAUCCGGAGGAAAAACUCAAUUUGCAAGUUUAUUUAACGGUUGCGUGGUACUGUUUGCUUUGGCUUUUUUGAUGCCAACUUUUUUUUUCAUUCCCAAAUCGAUUCUUGGAGCCGUGCUAAUAACGGCCGUGUAUCCCAUGAUUGAAUACCACGAGAUACCUUCAAUGUGGAGAGGGCGACGAAUUGAGUUGCUUCCAUUUUUCGCAACCUUUAUAUGCUGUUUGCUGAUUAACAUGGAAUAUGGUAUCCUCAUCGGCGCUCAAAUGCACUUGCUCUUGCUUGCCUAUGAAGGCAGUCGCUCCAAAUCCACCUUAACUCGCUACAAGGAGGCAGAUGAAGAACGUGUUGUUUUGCAAGCGGAUCGCAAUCUCUAUUUCCCGUCAGUGGAGCGGUUCCGCAACGCACUGACAAAAGUGUCGAUUGACGUCGAAGCCAAAAACCGCGUUAUUGUUCUUGACAUGGGUCGGGUUAACCAAGUCGAUCAUACCACGCUCAAGAUGCUUCAAUCGAUAUUAUCUUCUUGGGACAAGAAAGAGGAGAAAUAUUGUUUCACUAACGUUAGUGAUCAUCUCAAAAGUGUUUUGAGUUCGAUCUUGCCUAAAGGGGUGCCGAUGUCCCGUCCAGCUCUUCCGUCCACGGAUACCACAAUUUCCUUUCUUCCAUAGGAAUAAUAGGUGAAGUGGAACGGAGGUCAAGCGAGACGAAUCAAAUGGAAUUAAUCAAAGGUUUAUGUUAUUAAUUAUUUUAUGUCGUCUGCCGAUAAUGAAUGAACUUGAAUCACAAUAGAGUAUAAGCCUUGGUCUUGUUUUGUCUGUAAAUAUUGCCCAGUGCUCUGCUCAACUUUAUGUGUACGAUAGGAGUUGGUUUUCCAUUUUAAUUUACUGAACGAAUAUGUCAUUCAAUACACGGAGAUAUUCUCUCUUUCGUUGGAAA